AAUGAACCAGAAGAUUUAUUGAAACGAAUUGGACUCUUACAACACCAAAAAUCUAUCGAAUCUAAUAUAAUCGAAAAUUUACCUAAAUUCCAAAAAUUUAAAGGCAUAUUUGAAUUUAAUAAUAGAAAUUAUUCUGAACUAUAUUUUCGCUCCAAGAAAGAAGAAAAAAUCGCGGAAUUGGAAAAAGAUGUAAAGAAGGAGCAACAAGUCAAAUAUGACUCGCAUAAUCAACAAUUCGAUUUAUUUCAUCAAGAGGUUGAAGAAAAGGAUGAAGAGAUUAAUGGACUUCGCAAACAGAUUAAACAAUAUCAACAAAAACUCAUGGAAUUAGAAGAAUCAAAAUUUAAAGAACCUGAGAAAAAAUUCAAUGAUUACCUGUUAUUAAUAACUUACGAAUGUAAGCAUACAAUCAAAUGCGUCGGAAGAAAAAAUCCGUGGUAA